GGCUGCACAGGUGGUCAGAAGAAAGGUAAAGUUGGAGGAAAGAGAUUAUUAUGCUAUGAGUUGUGUGUUUUCUGAUUCUUUGCAGGUGUAAGUGCUUGCAGCACCCAGAGCCCAAAACUUAUCAUUCAGAUGCAUUUCUUGGUAAGUAGUACAUUUUGUAUACUUUUUUUUUUCUCUUGAAAACGAAAAAAAUCUGGAUAACUUUUCUCUCAAAUGAGCACAGUGGAAAUAUUCAUGACAAGUCUUGUAAGUGUUACAUCAACGCAUUGAUUUAGCCUACAAAUGGAAUUAGCAGUCUGGUGGUUUGUUUGACAGAGAGGCCUGGGAUGAAGUCAAAUUCCCAGCCUUAAUUACGGUUUCGGGGCACCUCUGCACAUGAACCCUAUGGUUCUUCUGAGUGCUCGAUGGAGACCACACAGCUGGAAACUACACUACAUCUUCUCAACAAGACAGUAACAGUGCAUGAUAUGCCUUAUAAUGAAAUGAUGGGGAUUAAAAAGUGAGUGUGAGCAGAGACGCGUUAAUUUGUAAGGGGGGGUCAUGGAAACAGAGCAUCGAUAUUACAAUGACUGGAAUGACAGGGAAUCUGGGUGCUCUCUCGGGUUAUGCUCGUGAAAUAUGACAUGCGUGUGGGUGCGAAGACCUACUCACUCGACCAGUGCUCCCACUCACUCACUCUACAAAUCAAGCGUUCCGUGUAUCACACACGCUGCGUGAGCCGAGAGCGCUUUCUGUCUCUCAUUCAUCCCAGUGACGGCUGCUCACACUUUUUUCUUCUUCUUCUCUGUCCCCCUCUCGCCUACUUCAAGCUGGGAUAGCUCGCUUUGUGUGUGUGUGUGUGUGUGUGUGUUUUUUCUCUCCCUCUAUUUGUUUCCUCUCCGCGGUGCCUUUCGCACGGAGUAGUGGUGGAUGAUAUCAACAGAGCUUCGUUCCUUCUUACCUCCGCGAUACCGAGGAUUGGAGAGGAGUCGCUAGGGGACACGCGCAUCACGACAGACGGCGGCGCGAGGGAGUUUUUCUUGGAGGGGGACAUCGCAGCUUAAGACGAGGAACAAAUCAAACAGCUACACUGGGAGGACUGGCGUUAAGUUUUGACGGAUUUCGCGGUGCGGGUGCGCAGGUGCAUCGGGUUCGCGGAGAGGAGUCAGUGCCUCUGCGGAAGUCUCAGAUGAAGAUGAAGUCUGCGGGCGUUGUGGAUGGAGGCUUGUUCACAGAGAGCUAUUGUAACAUCUGCAAUGCCCAGCUCAUCUCCGAGUCCCAGCGCACCGCUCACUAUGAGAGUAAGAAACAUGCCAACAAGGUACGUCUGUUCUACAUGCUUCAUCCUGAAGAUGGAGGACCACCUUCCAAAAGACUGAGGCCAGAUAAUCCAGACUGUGCAGAGACAGAAGUGGACAGGAACAAGUGCUGUACCCUGUGUAACAUGUUCUUCACCUCUGCAAUUGUGGCACAGUCCCACUACCAGGGCAAAACCCAUGCCAAGAGAGUCCGCCUGGUGCUGGGGGAGCCACCCAGUGUACCCACAGCCAUAGCCAACCCCACAAACACAGAUUCCUCCCCUUCCACCCCACUGCCCACAGACCCCGCGUCGUGCCCCCCUCCUCCACCUGCCCUACCCUGGCCCAUGGCGGUGGUCAGUGGAAAUGGUGGGAGAGAGGCUGGGAAAUAUUGCUGUCUGUGUGGAGCCUGGUUCAACAACCCUCUGAUGGCCCAGCAGCAUUACGAGGGCAAGAAACACCGCAGGAAUGCAGCCAGGGCACGCCUCCUGGAGCAGCUAGCAGGCAGUCUGGAUGCCACAGAGAGCACAGGGCUGCGAAGUAGUUACUCUUGCAGUGUCUGCAGUGUGGUCCUCAACUCCAUUGAGCAGUAUCAUGCACACCUCCAGGGCUCCAAGCACCAGAACAACCUGAAGCAACACCAGCAGUAAGCCAGAGAGACAGGCCACUCUGGAAAGAAGAAAUGAUGAAGACAGAGAUUAUUGGAAUAAACAACUUCCGAAAAGAGGACUUGUCUUAGUAUGCGAGAGUAUGCGAAAGUAGUGCAGUGCAACUUCAGUAUGCGUGUGUUUGUGUAUAUAGCCUAUAUGUGUGUCAUAGGCACUUAUGCACACAUCUGCAGUACGAGUGCGUGGGUCAUUGUGAGUGUGUUAAUUUCUAUCUUUGAUCAAAAAAUAAUAUAUCUUUGAGAUUUAUUCAGCACCUUCAAUGAGUUCUAAACACCGGCGACCGUCAGAAGACCUGCGGCUGCGUAUUGCCAUGUAAUUCCAGUGUGAACCACAAUCCUGAAAUUGAAAUGAUGUCAGUGCAUUGCUCGGAGUGGUGAAAACCAUGACAAUGAUCGUCACAGAACAGCAGUUACAGUAACCAUGUAACUAGCAGUCCCCCGCCCCCAAGUGCUCUGACCGUGAACCAAGUCUGACCAGAAUCUUGUGUUUCAACGUGUAUUUAAUAUGCAGUGAUGCUGACGGUGCCGUGAGCGCGGCUCACUUUCAGACCACUUGAGACCUACUCAGGCCCAGACUUUCAAGGACAAGAAACUUCCCGACGACCUCAGCCAUUGCAGAUUGCAUGAAUUUCCAUAAUUUCAAAAAGCUGUUGGUUUGAAUCUAGUGUUGUCUAUCAAUUGCGGAUGUACCACUUUGAAACCCAUUUUCACAUAUGCCAAAAUAAUCAAAACCUGAAGAGAAAAGGGAGAGAAAAGUAGCAAAGAAACUAUUGAACUUCUGCUGUGAAGAGGGUCUGUGCAACUCUGUAAAUCAUCUACUGCUCAAAACAUUCCCAUAGCACUAAAUACUGAUGUCAGAUGCAGUCUGGAGGUGAUUAAAAAAAAUCUUUCUAGAAGGGCAACAUGUAGAUAUAUUUUUUAUUUUUCUGUUACUGCCAGAAUAAAGAAACUUCACACUCAUGUAGCAGCCACUGUACAAUACAACUGGGGUGUAAUUCAAUGCAUGCAAAGUGUAGAACAUUGCAUUCACUUGCCUUCUUGAAACCUACUUCUUGCGCAUUUUGGUAAUAGCGCUGCUUUGUAGUGAUAGCUAGGUAAUGAAUUAAUGCACAUGCUUGUACCUGAACAAAGAAAUCACCUUUUAGUGCUGAAUUGCCUUCAUCUCAACAUCUUACCAAUUCAUCAAAAAAAUAAAGAGGAGAGCCUUUUUAGAUAUUAGCCCAGUAACCACUGCACAACAACCUCAUUCGUAAGUGUCUUCAGGCUGAAAAGUGUGUUUCAACAAUGGUCUGUAGCACCACAAGAAGACGUGCUCCACUUUCCCAUGCUGGCACAUCACAUUGGCCAUGAGCAGGGGAAAAGACUGAGAAAUACAGCAGUCGAUGCAAAGCUACCCUCAGUUUGUUCUUGUUGGUCAUCUGUAAACACAUUAAAAUGUUGUUUUUUUCUUUUCUAUUUUGCUUAUUUCGCGGUAAAGAGACUGAACUACAUAUUACUUGAUUAGAAACUAUUUUUCUUCUGCAGAUAUAUGGUUGAGAUAUAUGGUUUUUAUGCAAUCGUGCUAAUAGUAACAACCAUACAAUGUGGGUUUGAAGUGAAAUAGUUCAACAAAGCAAAAAAAAGCGGUUUGUGUAAAUAAAGCAGUAGCGGCAGGUGAAGUUCGUGUUUUAAGUAGUACAGGAUUUUUGUAUUCAUAGUGUUUAUCUCCACUGAGCCACUGAUGAUAAGGGAAAUGUUUCUUAUAUUAUUGAAAAAUACAAAUAUGUUGGCACUGGGAUGAGAGUCUUUUGUUGGGUCAUGUUUUUCAUAGAUAAACAUAAGUGAAAAUGAAGUAAUCGUGACUCAAAGAGUCGGCGAUGAUGGACCAAAAUUCUGUGUUUGGAAGCCAGUGAGUCAUCACAUUCAUUUAAAGGGAUUCUGAUAACCGUCAUUUUUGUGAGGAAAACUGCAGUCGCUAUAAAGACAGUCCCCGCAGAGAAACAUCUGAAAUGCCAGUGGAUUCCUAAAGCUGCCAAAACAACAAAGUGGGACUACAAACCGCUGGAUAUUUUUAUACCAUAACAAAACCACAAAAACAAGAAGUCUGUUUUUUGCUUGGCGAUGUGCAUCAUGACUGUUCUGAUGACUAUUUACACUGACUUCAUUCUUUCAAACACUAGUGUAUUCACAAUAGAAGUGAUGUCUGUGUGUGACGAUAUCACAGUCUGUGCAGAUGACGACUGCGCCAUGAGUCACAUAUUUUAGCAGAUGUUACAUAAUAUAUGACAGAGAUGUAUCUAUGGGUAGGAACUGUGUGAUAUGAUGCUUGCGGGUGGGUGUCUGUGAAUCUAUCAACUGUGGAAGCCUUGCUGCGAGCUAUGCAGCCUGAGCACAUUUGUAAACACACACAAUGAUGAAUACAAUGGUACCUACAGUAUAUCUA